AUGGCCUUGUGGGCUGCAACAUUCAUGGAACAUUGGAAGAGGAGACAAAUGCGACUGAACUAUCGAUGGGAUCUGACAAGUUUUGAAGAAGAACAAGUGAGUGAGCGGGACCAUCCCAGGGCAGAAUAUGAGGCUAAGGUCCUUCAGAAGUCCCUCAAAAAGGAGUACAGACACAAAGAGAAGCAUCAGCCUGUUCCUGAGGACAACACAAACAAAUGGAGGCAGAGAGUUAAGACUGCCAUGGCUGGAGUGAAAUUGACAGAAAAGGAAAAGCUGACAUGGAAGGACAGAACUCCCGCCUAUUUCACAAACUUUGUUGGCAUCAUUUUUAUGAUCGGUUUGACCUUUGCUAUUGUGUUUGGUGUCAUUGUAUAUCGAGUCUCUACUGCAGCAGCAUUAGCAAUGAGCUCCAACCCAUCUGCACGUGCUAAUGUCCGGGUAACCGUUACAGCGACAGCGGUUAUCAUUAAUCUGGUGGUGAUUCUGGUACUGGAUGAAGUGUAUGGUUGUAUAGCACGGUGGCUCACCCAGAUUGAGGUCCCAAAAACUGACAAGACUUUUGAAGAACGGCUGAUAUUUAAGGCUUUCCUGCUGAAGUUUGUCAAUGCUUACACACCAAUUUUUUAUGUUGCCUUCUUCAAGGGUCGGUUUAUUGGACGGCCAGGGGAUUAUGUGUACAUUUUUGGCUCAUUCAGAAUGGAAGAGUGCGCCCCUGGUGGCUGUUUAAUGGAACUGUGCAUCCAGCUAAGUAUUAUCAUGCUUGGGAAACAGCUGAUUCAGAACAAUCUCUUCGAGAUAGGAAUCCCGAAGAUGAAGAAGCUGAUCAGAUACCUGAAAUCAAGACGACAGAUAUACAAGGACCAUGAGGAGCAUGCCAAGAGGAAACAGCGUUAUGAGCUGGACUAUAAUCUGGAACCUUUUGCAGGACUCACCCCGGAGUACAUGGAAAUGAUUAUCCAGUUUGGAUUUGUCACUCUGUUUGUUGCCUCCUUCCCAUUGGCUCCUCUGUUUGCCUUACUAAACAACAUAAUUGAAAUCCGUCUGGAUGCCAAGAAAUUCAUUACUGAACUUAGGAGGCCUGUGGCAGUCAGAGCAAAGGAUAUAGGUAUCUGGUAUAAUAUCCUACGAGGAAUCGGAAAGCUUGCGGUGAUAAUAAAUGCCUUUGUGAUAUCAUUUACCUCUGACUUCAUUCCACGCCUCGUGUACCUGUAUAUGUACAGUCCAGAUGGCACCAUGCAUGGCUUUCUCAACAACACUCUUGCCUAUUUUAAUGUCAGUGACUUUAAACCUGGCACCGCGCCCAACAUUGAGCAGGAGCUGGAUUACUCAGUGGAAAUAUGCAGAUACAAAGAUUACAGGGAGACUCCCUGGUCUGAGGACAAAUAUGAUAUUACAAAGGAAUUCUGGGCUGUUCUGGCUGCAAGAUUGGCAUUUGUUAUUGUUUUCCAGGUAUCUGCCGUUGAGAGAGUUUUUAUGCUCAUGAAUGGAUUUUACUUUAAUGUCUUCUGGAUAGCUAUCGUUUAUAAUAACUAUGUUACCUAUUGUUUUAUGUUCAAACAAAAUUUUAUAUAUAAAGUUUAG